GGUAGAUGUAAACAAACGUAACUAUGAAAUGUACAUCGCCAUUCACGGCAAACUUUAAUAUUAGAUAACAACGAAAUAAUAGACAUGUCAGACAAGUGCUACAUUUGUGAGAAUACUUUUAACUAUUCUAUUAAAAGAAAAAGGUACAACCGUGUUUCAAUAGAUUCUAAGUUAAGUAGAAACGAUGAAACUGUUCGUGAGGUUCUUACUUGUUUUGGUUGUACGCCAGAAAAACUUUCUGACAAUAUGCUGGUGUGUUUGGACUGUGCCCAGCUAUUGUCAAAACACCAGAGCAACAAAAAAAAGAAAGGAGAAUCCCUCAGUGAAUUGAAAUUAAAAACCUCAGGGACUUAUCUUGGCCACAAAAUCGAAUUUCUUUCGUCACCUGAAACAACUAGUUCCAAGAGAAUAAAAGUGAAUACACCAAGGAAAAUGAUAGCAUUUUCACCCAGGAAGAUGAUUUUAAACACACAAAAGCAGAAAAAGACAUUAAAAGGCAGCAAGAAACUUGCUUCUUCUUACUUGGUGAGUAGUAGGUACAACAGACUUUUUAGCCUCCUGUUAAAAACAUCAACAGCAGCUAAAAAGGCCUUCUACUCACAAGUGAAGACCAUAGUAAGACAAGAAGUGUCUGUUCUUGUUAGGCCAAGUUCCAAAUCAGUAUGGAGAUCAUCAUCCAAACAUGGCAUAGAUUCCAUCAUGCAGUUUUCCUGGGAUAAGGUUUUAGAGGAAACGAAGUUACUGUGCCCUGUACUCUAUUCUUCUUUAUCAUCAGCCAUAGCCAAACAAGAUGAUCUGACAAAGAGAAUAGGGGAAAGGCACAUUUCACUAAAACCAAACCUUGGAUGUGUUAUUGGUCAAAUAGUGUUUGCCCAAAAACCAACAACUAUGAAGUUUCUCCAAGAAAUAACUGGUGUUCAGCUUUGGCUGUCUGGAACUGCAAGAGAGGCAUUUGUUAGACUUAACCAUCUAGGACUAACCCUGUCAACAGAUGCUGUAAGAUCUGCAGUUGACAGGUUACGUAUGACUUACGACAAAGAACUGAUAGCCCAUAAGAACAGGAUCAGUACCUACAUAAAUGACCAGGCUGGACCAAAGAGAAGAUUGUUUACUGAUAGUAAUAUUGAUGAAGGUGAUGUAAUUGAAGAUGAUGUAUUGGAUGCACUUUUAGAAGAAAUGGACAGUGAUGAUGACUUAGAUAAAACCAUUCCAUAUGAAGAAGAGGAGACACAGGAAACAGAAAAGGUUGAAGACCUAGAUCUUAAUAAUAAUGAAACAGAUCAAGCUGAUGGUGAUAUUGUUAUGGAUGAUGGAGAACCAAACAAUGUUGAAGUUCAUGCUUAUGAACAUCCUAUUGACUCCAUACAAGAUGAUGGCCAUGCUUGUGAUGAUUGUAAUGAUGCUUGUAAUGAAGAGAAACUUGGAUACUCUAUAGUAUUUGACAAUGUAAACAAGCAUAUUAAAGCAAGAUCCACUGAUAGGAAGCAUGGAAAUACCAUGAAAAAUAUGGUCCAAGCUUAUGCUGCUGUUGAUAGGAUACCUUCAUUACAUCUUAGUGAUGAGAAACCAACAUCAGACCAAAUAUCACAGAUACCCAUUGAAUCGUAUCUGCCAGACGAUAAUUUUAGAAAGUCAUUACGUAAAGACUUUAUUGUGGAAGUUAAAAAGAUUCUAAAGACACACAUAGAAUUUUUCACCAAUAUGUAUCUACCAGAAGAUAAUGAUGAUCAUUGUUACUCAAGACAAUCGUCUAAAAAGAGCAAAUUAAUACCACUUGGAGUAUUAAAUAAAGAUGAAUGCAAGAUCGCUGAAAUGAUUGAUGUAAUGGAGGAUUAUCAUAAGUAUGUGCCUAUGGGUACUGAUAUGAAUCCAUUCAUCAUACCUCUUUAUGGGGAUCAGUUAAGUGUGGAGAGGGCAAAUGAUGCACAGAAUGCUCGGAUUAAUGCUGAAAGCCAGUGGGACCAGCUGCAAGGCCUGCACCCCUCAAUUCAAGAAUGGCACAAAAGAGCCAUUAUACUUGUGGACACAUACAAAGUUCUGUUUUCCUCCAAAAGUGCAAGGAGUGUUGGAACAUUGUCUCACAUUCGAAACACAUAUCGCCACAUUAAUGUGAAAGCUGAUGUUCAACACUCCUUCAAUGAGGCCACUGAAUUACUGAGAUUUGCCACCACAAGUUAUGUGCUUGCUAGUGCGUUAUCUUUUAUGAAAUGUAAAAAAUACACAGACUUGCCAGAAGACUUGCCUACUGACCAAGCACAGCUUGAAAUUUUUUUUCAUGAUGUUGCAUGUCAUGUUGUUGAUAUGUGCUACAAACCACCUAACACAGCACCUGUCAUCAACGCCAGCACAUCAAACAAAGAGUCAUACAAAUACUGUGUAUGCAAAGUUGACAAUGAUGAAGGAAUGAUAAGUUGUGACAAUAAAAAAUGUAACAAAGGAAAGUGGUUUCAUUUCUCCUGCAUUGGUAUUUCUGAACAGGAAGCAGAAGAUCUCGAAGAUAAUGACAGAAUGUGGUUCUGCUGUGAGGGAUGCCGUACAUCAAAGAAGACUAUAACAGAUAGUAAUAAUGAUUCCGUCUUUGAAUAUUCCUGUAUGCUUCUUUAUAGAGGACUGAAGGAGAUAGCACACCAUAAUGCAAUAAGAACAAAUAAUGGAUUGAAGCUUAUUGAUUAUUGGAAAAAUGAUUUGUUUCAAUUUUAUGAACUACAUCACACCAAAUAUUUUUUAUGUGCUCAUCAGCUGAUAACGGAUGUGAGUGGAGGUGUAUCCGAGAGAUUAGGCCACCAGUUGGUGUGGAACAGAACCGUAAACAUGAAAGGGGAAAAUAAUUCCAACAUUGAGAUGGACCUUCAAAUGGAAUUCUUCAAUAGAGAAUUUAAAGAAUCUAUAAAAGAUGCAGGUGGUAAUAUAACAGAAACAACUAUAGCUAGACAUAGUGAGAUGGUGGGUGUGUCCAAAUACCUUGCCAGGUUCAUGAGCCAAGUGUGUAAUUCAGCUCCACACCAUAAUAGAACUAGAACCUGUAUCAAACGAGAAGAUGACAUGAUUCACCUUGUUGACCAACUUUUAAAAAACAGCAUGUGCAAAAAAGGUGAACCAAGGCAACAUUGUGGUUUUACAAAUAUUUCAAACAAUAAUUCAACAUCACAUCCAGUCCAUAUGAGGAAGCGAAUUGAAAAACUGCUUAAGAAGAGAGUGAAGAGAAACAAUUUGUUACAAUAAUUUUUUCAUGGAUGUGUAAAUGAAUGAAUGAAUGAACAAAUGAACGAAUGAAUGAAUGAAUGAAUGAUUGAAUGAAAGUAGAAAGAAUCAAUC